AUGCAGCCUCUUGUUGACUACCACGACAACACCUGCCCCAAGUGCAACGCCGCCAUCGACGGCGCCGGCAAGACUUGCGGUAGCUGUGGUGCUCACUGCCCCGUCUAA